GUGUUUAUUUUUUCUUCACAAAAAGUGAAAGUGUCCUGUUCAUCUCUUUGCCCCAAACGAUCAGUGAGGCACAAAGUGAUCAUCAUCAUCUUCUUCUUCUUCUUCUUCUUCUUCUUCUUCUCCUCCUCACUGGACUCAAAAGGAGAAACUGAAGAGAUGAGCUCACACCAGUCAGUUAAAGUAGUCGGACAGGACGUCAUCCUGCCACAGAAGACCCUCACUCAAUGUGUGAACUCUGGAGACUCUUUACAACCCUGUGCGCAGACGGGAUGAUCCCAAUAUUCAGGAUAUUACAGGAAGUCUCUUUCAGGAUUAAAUGAGCAAUGGAAACCUUUCACCGAAAAAGGAUAUUACACAUUUUGUUUCUGAACUGGAGAGCCGGAUCAUGAAAGGAUGUGGCCCCCCGUUGUUGGAAGAACAACAUCCCUUUCCUGAAGGCUGGAGAGAAGCCCCACUCGCGACCACAGACCAAGUCAGGCGUGGACCUGGGAAAACAACUAAAGGUCCCCGAACACAUCGCCCAGACUUGAUCAUCUACUCAGAUGCUACCAAGCAGGUGAUCAUGUGGGAGCUGACUGUGCCAUGGGAAGAGAACAUGGAGGAGGCACACGAGAGGAAGCAGGCAAAAUACAUCGAAAUACCAAGACCUGGUGGAGGAGUGCAGGAGCCGGGGCUGGCGGGCUCACUGCGAACCUAUCGAGGUGGGCUGCCGGGGGUUUGCUGGGCGUUCAACCUGCAAAGCUCUGUCAGGGCUAGGGGUGACCGGAGCUGUUAAGAGGGGAGUCAUAAGUUCCAUAAAGCCGCAGAGAAAGCCACACGAUGGAUAAAGAGGGCGAGCCCGUGGAUUGGUGCCGCUGGGAUGCAAUCUGGGCCUUGACCAACCCCGGAUGGGUCACCUGAGUGAGGCAGUCUGAUGCUGAGAGACCCGAAACCCCCGAUGACCCCAGGAACAUCACUGAUGAUGUAUCCCAGCGCAUCCUAGAGAUGUAUUUAAAACCAUACAAAUGUUUUAUAAUCCAGCCUCCAAACCUGUAAAAUUGCGGCUGUGUAGAGGAAAUAAAACCUAACAGUGUCCCUACCAACAAUCUGACACUUUUUACCUCUCAAAAUCUUUUUUUCCCCCGGUGUAAUUAGAUCAAAUAAAUACGUAAUUAAAGGGGAACCUGGUCGAUAAAUAAUCAGGCAAAUUAGAAGAAAAAGAAUUUAGGCCCAAAAUAUAUAUACACACACACACACACACACACACACACACACACACACACGUUGGAAUUGUCAUGCACAUGGAGCAGUCAGUCCAGCAGUCCAGAUGAGAUGAUUCAUGAGUCAUCGCCUGCCCAAGCCCAUUUUGCCCAACAAGCCCCAAACAGUUUUCUACAACCAAAGUAAACAGGGGGAACAACCAAAGUAUGACUGCACUAAAUUCUUACACAUAACCCGUUUGUGACCAAAGACUAUAUCUAAUAAAUAUAAAUAGGCUGUGAAAAUACUCAGUGUAAAAAGACAGAGCUGUACCCUCUUUUAUUGUUACAGCGGGUCAAAGUGAAGCCACUGUAACAUGUAAAGGGACGAUGCAUCAUAUUUUAGCCUGUGUGUGUGCGUGCGUGUGUUAUUGAGCAAACAGAGCACUUGUCAAAGAGUCACUAUUAGCAGGCAACCAAGAGAGAGAAGCUCUGUAACGGAGCUCCUGAUUCAGUUAAUUUAAACAGGUACUCCACCCUAAAACUUGUUCUUCUAGUUUUGGAGUGUAUUAAAGUGUAGACAUUUGACAUGAGGAAGAAUGCAGAUGGGAUAUGAUUAAUAAAACACACAAACCUCUGCACAUGACUAGCGGGUUUGGCUGAUUGUAUGAUCAUUUUUAUGGUAGUUGUUUCUGACUUUGUUUGCGUGUGUUUGUGCUCCAGGCCCUGGGUUGGGCUUUGUUAUCAAGUGGAUGAAAGACAGGAACAUAAGCUGUGUGUGUGUGUGUGUGUGUGUGUGUGUGUGUGUGUGUGUGUGUGGCUGCCAUUGCUUUGUUAAAAUGUGAUGCCAACAGCGAUAGAAAAUGAAUGGUUAAAAUAACGUUGCACUAUGUAACCUCUAUGUGCACACACAAGGAUGACAACGAAAGUAUGUGCAUUUCAAUGCGAUGACUUGCGGGCGCAGAACAAAAUAAUAAUACCCCAGUUCAUUUGAGUGUAUUAAUGGUUUUACUUAACAUAUUUAAUUAAUUAAUUACAUUUACAUUUAAAUCUAAAUCAUAUUAGAGUACAGCAGUUACCGUAAUAAGACAUUCAUAAAUCUUUAAUUCAACCUGACUAAUCAGUCGUCCUUCAUGCAAAGUCUGUUUUUCCCCCAGGAGAAAUUGAAGAGAUGAGCUCACACCAGCCAGUUAAAGUAGUCGGACAGGACGUCAUCCUGCCACAGAAGACCCUCACUCAGUGUGUCAACUCUGGAGACUCUUUACAACCCUUGUACAUGGACAGGAUGAUCCUAACAUUCAGGAUAUUACAGGAAGUCUCUUUCAGGAUUAAAUGAGCAAUGGAAACCUUUCACUGACACAGGAUAUUACCACUCUUUUGUUUCUGAACUGGACAGCCGGAUCAUGAAAGGAAGUCGCCCUCCAUUGUUGGUGAGUACAGUUUACUAAAUAGUUAAUAAAGAGACACUCCAGGGAUUCACUUUCAUAAAGUUGAAGAGACAGAUUUGAGCAAGAAUGAUCCACACUGACGCAGCAGAGGCUGAUAUUCAGACUUUUGGGUCCUUGUAUGGGUUCAAGUUGGACAAACACUGGCUCCUACAUAAUAAUAAUAAUAAUAAUACAUUAAAUUUAUAGAGCACUUUUCAAGAAACUCAAAGACACUUCACAUGAGUUAAACGUAAAAUAAAAAGCUUAAAACAACACACUAAGAAAUUAUAGCUAUAUCUACAACAGUCAACAAUAAUGUGUUGUUAACAUCAUUAAAAGCAGUUCUGAAGAGGAGGGUUUUGAUCAGUGAUUUGAAGUUGUAUGGAUCAGUACAGUCAGGAGUGUGGUGAUGGAGCAGGUCUGCAAGGUGUAGGAGGGGGCCCGGUUGUGGAGGGCUUUGUGAGUGAGGAGAAGGACUUUAAAUUGGAUCCGUUGUUGGACAGGGAGCCAGUGGAGGUUCUGGAGGACAGGGGUGAGGUGGUCAGUGAAGUUCUGGAUGAACUGAAGUAGGACUUUAAUUCUGGGUGUGAUGAAAGCGUGGACGAGGGUCUCAGCAGCAGAAGAGGAGAGUGAGGGGCGGAGGCGUGCAAUGUUUUUCUGGUACAUUUCCCAUAAUGCAACUUAACUUCAACUCAAGAACAAGCAUCUUUCCUCAGACUUACCUGCCUUAGAAAAACCUGCUUCUUUUAAACCCUCCGGUGUGUAGGCCUCUCUAAGGCCAAGAGAAACUCCCUCCAGAGACACAGAACAAAUGGAACUGUUCUCAAAAUGUGAACUUGUCCCUAUAGGAUAGGAUAGGAUAAGAUAAAAUGUGAUCUAUGUAGUUGGUGUCACUUUUAUGAUGUGUGUAAAUACUCAUAUUAGUGAAAAGGGUCUCUGUGUCUUACAUUAUUGCUCCUUUAAAUACUAAAAGCACAUAUAAAUAAUGCCAGAGUCUGACACAAGGGGUUGCUGGUUACCUUUUUGAGGAAGUGCUGACAUCAGACAGAUAAACAGUGUAAAAACAUUAACAAUAUACAAAAUGUUAUGUUCUAAAAUUGACAUAAUUUGUACAUUUAAUGGGAAUAAAGCAAUCAUUCUGUAUCAACAUUACAAAGAAAUUGUGAGACAGGUGAUAUGACUGUCCGUGCUGUGCUGUGAGGGUUGCGGUUAUUAUAGUAACAAAGGCAAGCAUUUAAAAAAAAAAAAAAAAAGUUGAUGCACAGAAAAGAAAGAGCCUUGGGCAGCUCGUUUCCGCGCCCUCCUUACCCCUCCUUACCCCUCCUCCUCCGCCUCAGCCGCACCCCCCGUACGAGGAGGCUGCACUCCUCUCCUGUACCGUCAUUCAGCGAUCGACCAUGGAGCGGACUCUUCCCCUCCAGCUGCUGUUGGUCUUUUUAACUAGCCUGCUCAUUUUUGGCAGCUUUGCUUCUGGAAAACGAAUCUCUGCGAACUUUGGAGACACAGUUACGUUUACUGCGAGCGAGAACUGCGCGCACGGAGACUUCAAACUGAUGACAGGAGACAACUCUCGGACGGUGGCCAUGCGCGCUAAAGAUGUCUGGCUCGCAGGGAAAGAUUUCAAACACCGGGUGGAGCAUCUUUCACCGUCAUCUCUAAACUUCACCGGAGUAAACAUCAACGACGAAGGCUUGUUUGAGUUCACCUGCCGCGGCGGCGUUCUUACUCGCAUCCAACUGAAGGUUUUUUCCCCCUUUAAGCUGUCUGCGACCGAGGGAGAGCCGGUAGAGUUCCUGUGCCGUUCUGCUAGUGUGGCCGUGAAACUUCUAAGAUGGGAAAGAAACGGAGAGCUGGUCUGUGAGCUGGACCCUUCCUCCGGGGGGAUCAGAUAUGGGACAGGGUAUGAGGGAAGAGUUUCUGUACCGGCUGACUGGAAGCUGACCGGAGACUUCUCUCUGACUUUGGACCGGGUCCAUCUGGAGGAUGAAGGUCAGUUCAUCUGCUUCAUCGACAAAGCCGGAACGAGAGGAGACCCUGCUGCUGUGAUGAUGAAGGUCAACAAGAAAAUCCCCAAUCACACCAUCAGCAGACCCCCACCUGUAACUACGACGCAGGGAACCCCUGAAGAGUGUGCGAUUGGAGCUGGGACCAUUGCCGGUCUAAUAACAAUUGUAGGGCUUUUCAUCUUUGGAGUCAUCUUCUUUUGUCUGUGGCUUCGUUUGUGUCUGAAAUCCCGCAGACCAAAUGUGCAACGUGGACCUUCGACACCUGAGGAGAUAGAAUUUGUCAAAAAGGACACUAAUGGAAAUGAACCCCGUGGAGUGCCUUUCUCAAAUGGUCAUUCAUGAACUGACAGUGGAUAAAUUAUCGGUCCAUGAAAAGAAUAAUUUAUUUUGACCUCUUGUGCAAUUUUAGGAUUAACUUUACUAGAAAAAAUUAAUGAGUCAGAACUUUUAACACUAUGCAUUCCACACAUUAAUCCUGUAUUUGCACAAUUAUAUACUCUAUUUUUAAUACUUCCCUUUGCUGUCUGUUUCCUUGCCAAUAAAGUUCUGACUUCCAAAAAGUGA